AUCUGCUUCAAACGGGCAAUGCUGUUAGGUAAUAAAGUAGUAAAGGUAAAAUUACGCAUCCAAGAUGCUUGUUGGAUUAUUAACAAAAUUCAGCAAUAACUGCUGCAGAACAUCUUCAGUGAUGCACAGUUUGUGUUGGCGGUUUGUUCCUGCCAAAAAGCCGGGAUCUUUCCGGAACCUUUCAUCACAGAUUGCUCCCCGUGUGUACGAUGUGAACACUAAAGUGCCAAAGGAUAUAAUGCUGUUUAAGUACGAAAAUCCUCGUUUCUUUAAAAUGCUUAACAUUUUUGCAGUAUCCCAGUUUUUGUUCUGGGGUUAUUUGUGUCACUUUUCCUACACUACACUCCGGGAUGCACCGGUAAAGAAAGAGGAGGCCGUCGAUUUACCGUGGUACCAAAAGAUUAAUCUUGGCGAAAACAAGUACCGCAACAGCAUAGCCAUAAUGUGUUUCUGCAUAGGAUACGGAGUAUUGUUUGCAUCGUGGAUGUUCACCUUACGGUCUGUGCGCUAUUUGGUGCUACGAAAAGGUGGGGAUUUGGUCAGCGUUGUAACUUAUGCUCCAUUUGGUACAAAUCGAAUUAUGGAUGUUCCAUUAAAAUACGUCUCCGCCCAAGAAUCCCGAGAAGCGGCCCGUGUGACUGUGCCGAUAAAAAUAAAAAACCGGGCACUCUUUUACGUACUCGAUAUGCGCGGUGAGUUUAUGAACACCAAACUCUACGACUAUACCGUGGGAAUGGCCCGAAAACUGAAAUGAUCUUACGGUUGCAAGUGAGGUUAAUAAAUCUGAGCUAUACGACUCUUUGGUUU